CGGACAAAUAAGGUUGACCUGCUUCCUUAUUGAUUGCAUUUUCGUGUAAGCGCUAUAAAUAUAUCGUUCUUUGUAUCACUAUCAUAGGCGUUUCUGGAAUAGACAUUACACAACAUUACGUAAGCAGUCAAACUUGCAUUACAUACACUAUAAAUGAUAUCUCCUUUGAGGUAGGCAAGUCAUUCAGACAGAAGUGUUAAGGAUUACCGAGACGCAUACAAGCGGCUUACACAACCAGAACACAGCAACAAUAACACUGAUGGGUAGGAUAAAACAAAUUCGAGGACCUGGACGUGGACGAAAGAGAGGAUUUAGAAGCAGAAGAGGAUAUGAUCAUAAAACAGGACGCCUUCGUCAGUCUUCGAUAAAACGAGAUAUUCACUCAAUUCAAAGAGGUCAUCUAAUUAACACAUCUGAUGAGAGAGAUAUACAAAAGAGAUACAAUGUGGAAGAGAAGAUGGUCAUUAGCGAGGAUAAUGUCAUAGACGACAAUAAGAUUGCAGAAGGGUAUAUGAGAACAGAAGAGGACAUGAUCAUAGAUGAGAAUAUGAUCACAGAAGAGAACAUGAUAACAGAGGUGAGUAUGAUCAUAGACGACAAUCCGAUCAUGAUCAUAGACAAGGAUAUGACCAUAGAAAAGAAUAUGAUCACAAACGAGAAUGUGACGACGAAGACUCCGGUCAUGAAAGAGAUUAUAAUCCUUGAAGAUAUCAAAGCCUGGAAAUGUCCUGAGAAAGUAAGGAUGUUCACAAAAUUUGAUCACAACCGCUACGUCUUUUGAACAAAAUAUAGU